AUAGGAAGCUGCUUUAUACUGAAUCAGACCACUGAGUCCAUUAACUCAGUACAGUAUUGUUUACACUGACUGGCAGGCAGUGGCUCUCCAGGGAUUCAGGGCCAGGCAUGGGCUGACUCUUCCAACCAUACCUGCACAUGCUGGGGGAUGGGACCUGCGACCUUCUGCGUGUAAAACAGAUGCAUAGCUGCCAAGUUUUCCCUUUUCUCGCGAGGAAGCCUAUUCAGCAUAAGGGAAAAUGCCUUUAAAAAAGGGAUAACUUGGCAGCUAUGCAGAUGUGAUGACCCUUGCAUGGCUUGCAGUUUAUAUGCAGGCACACUUUCCUGCCCCUUCAGAGAUCACCCACACGUUCAGAGUGCACUUGGAAGAAAUAGGAGAGUGUUGGUGUGACUGAAACUGAUCUGCAGGUAUGAAUGUCCCAUUUGAAAACACUUCUGCGAAUAACUAGGUGGCUUUAGGCACCCCCCAUCCCAUUCUCAGCCCCCGCUCCCCCAGAUCUGCAACCCAAAGAUAAUAUUGACUGAUCUACCUUAUAGGGCUGUUGUAAGGAUUAUGACAAGGUAACAUGUGAAGCAUUUCUGAACAUUUGAAAGUGGUACAUAAACGUUCGCGGUGUUAUUGCAGUUUAUCCUUCUUCCCUCCACCCCUUCCCUGCGAUGCACACACUGUAAUUCGAGCCUGGCUAUCGUCCGGUCUUCCUGCACCACCCAGCCCAUCUGCAACUGGGGGCUGAAGGCCUCUUUCUAUUUCCCUUGAGAGUUUUUUUUUUUUGUGUGUGUGCAUGUGUAUGUGUGGCUGCUGUCUGAAACAGCCAGCCGCUGAGUCACUGAUGAAACUUUAGAGCUAGUGGAACUUAUUUGAGCUUGCAGGGAGGAAGGGGAGGGGGAGAGGAAGAGGAGAGAGGUUUAUCAGGAAGAUUGGGGCCGGAUAUGUGGUUACCCAGUUUUCAGACUGUGGCGCAGAAUAGAUGACAGGGCAAAAGAUGAUGCUGAGGGCCGAAUCUUCCUCCUGUCUGUUUCUAAAAUGGGGAGCUGGGGUGGGGGCUCUCCCUAGGGCAGCUCACAUCCUGUUGUCAUUCUCUUCUCCUUCACCUCUUCCUCCUCCUGUUUUUUCCCCCCUUCUCCUGUUUUUUUUCUUUUUCUUUUAAAGCCUUGCCAUGCCUUGAGCUGUGCACUGGUAAGACAUUUGCAGUGCCACUGGAUCUGGAGAGGAGAGAUUUAGGUCAAGCGCUCAAGUGAGUAGAAACAGCCAUCUGUGAGCACUAUGAAGAAGGCCAGGCCACCCAGAGAUGAGAGAUUGAAAUGGCCUGCGCUGAGAGACUGGAGAAGGGCGGUAUUUGGUGGGGGUCUGGGUUUGCGGGGGCAGGUCGUAUGGCUGGAAAGCAAGCUGGCUUUUUUAAAAAGGAAAAAGCACCAUGAUUGGAACGGACAUUCUUCCCUCCCUCCCUCCGCAGACUUAUUCCUCCCCCCCCCUGCUUUGUGUCUCCUGGAAAAAGAAACCCCAACCAAAUCCUUCCCUCCCUCCCCCUUUCUUCCUGACCCUCCCUCCCUGCCAGGGCUGCUGUCAAAUGAAGGAGAAAGCUAUGUUGGAGCUGCCUAGGCGAAGAUCCAAGAUCAUCCUGACAUCUAACAGGAAGGUGUGUGUGCGUGCUUGUGUGUGUGCGUGCUUGCGUGAGCAUGAGCUGUGCGGGUGGGGUGGAGAGCAGAUAAGAUGAUACUCAGCCAAAGUGUCAGGGACAGAAUUAGGCACACACUGCUUGGGGGGGGGAGUACAGUAUGGGAGAAGUGCUGCAAAAGUUUUACAGCAUGCUCUUGAGAAUUUGCUGCAGGGAGUCUGGCUCAGCUCUCUGGUGGCAGAGGCGAUCUGUAGAAGAGGUUCAGAAGAGGAGGGGAGCACCGGUGACUUUAUCUAGCCGUCCAGGUCAUGUUGGAGCCUCCUCGGUUUGUGACCAAGAACAUGCCUCAUAAAAACUUAACGAUUCACCGAGCAGCCUUGCCUGUGCACACUUGAAAAGCAAGAGCCUCUUGUGGUUCCCGGUGGGAAGAGCAUCCUUUGCCAAGGCAGAUGUUCCAGACUGCAACUCUCAUCAGCUCCAGGCAGUGCUGUAGUCCAAAAUAACUGGAGAGCAGCAGGUUAGCAAGGUGGGGUUAUAGUGUUGUAUGUAGAUUUGGGCGACACUACCUUCCAAUAAUUUGCUUUGUGGCCUUGGGCACGACCUCCUCUUAACAACAACAACAACAACAACAACAACAAAUUAUUUACAUGCCAUCCACCUGACUAAGUUGUCCUAGCCACUCUGGGCAGUUUCCAGAAAAUUAAACACAUUAAGCACAGUAAAAUAUCAAACAUUAAAAAUGUCCCUGUACGGGGAGGUAUCUCAGCCUCACUGGAGCCAAAAUAUAAUUUGUGGGGGGCUGGGCUCUCUCAAAGUCAUGGGCAAAGUUAAAGCCAUUUUUUUGCGGGCACCCACAAUCUUGGGUGCGAGAUGCCACCUAUUCUCAGCCUCACCUCAGCACCUGUGCCUACAACCAUCUUUCGCUGUGGGGAGUGGUCGGCAAAGAUCUUUUAAAAUAAAAUGGAAAAUUAUGGAUCCAUAAUGUGGGGAGCACAACCUUUACUUGGAAUGGGUAUUGAGACAUGUUUUCGCCUCCAGGCUUGCACAAGAUAUGUGCUAUGGAGGGAGAGGUUGCCUGCCUUGUUUCUCUCCCCCCCCCCCGCCCACCACCUUCCCAGAGAGACUUGCCUCAUGAGAGCAGAGGAGCCCUGCUAGAUCGGGCCAAAUGCGAUCUAGUCAAGCGUCCUGCCUCCCACCAUUGAACAAAUGCCUGUGGGAAGUCAACAAGGAGGACAUGAACAUAAAAGUCCUCUGUAGCUACCCAGCUGCUAGUACGUAUUCAGUGGCAUAAUACCUCUGGACCUGGAAAUUGCAUGUAGGCAUUGUGACUAGUAACCACUGAUAAGACUUCGCCUCCUAUGAAUUUCACUAGCUCCCAUUGUACAGCCACUUUGGUUACUGGUCACCCUGUGCCUGAAUAUUCCACAAGCUCAUUCCUUUGUACUGAACCUGCUACCAAUUUCACUGGGGGCCCUUGCGUUCUAGAAUAGUGUGAGAGGAAUGCCCCAUGCUUUCUCCGUGCUAUGCAUAAUGUUAUGAAUGCCUGUGAUGGGCCCUCCUCUCUUCUCCCUGGCCUUGACCCCCCCCCCAAAAAACCUGAAAUGCCUUUAAUAUAGAAUCGUGGAGUUGGAAGGGACCCUGCGGGUCAUGUAGUUCAACCCCCUGCAGGAAUCUCAACAUGCAGUCAACCAUCCUAGACCCUGCUUAGCUUUGCAAAUGUGCUAGCAGUUUUAUUGCUUCAUCAUUAGGGUCACCAUUCCACGGGAAUUCAUUGGGGUCAUUUGUAGUAAAACCUUUAAGCGGUUUGCAGGAAACAAGUGGUAUAUAAUUUUUGCUAAAUAAAUGGAUUUUUUACUAAGUUUUUCUUUUGGAUCUGGAAGAACCAAGUUUGAAUUUAGGCUCAGCCAUUAACUUAGAGGUUGGCAAGUGAACAACUUUUUUGGGGGUGGAAAAUAGGAAUAUCAAUACACUUCCCCACCCCCCUACCCCUGCUGUAAUGUGGGAAUAUGGUUACCAAUUGUAUGUUAUCAGUAAAGACAGAUGAGUUAAGGGCAUGUAGACGGAUAUGCACAAGUGACCCUGAUGGGAAGUGCAGGUGUUUUUUUUCAAGGCAGAGGACUUUGAAUCAUAUUGAAAGUGCAGAUGCAGAGCGUCAGAACAAGCCCUGGAAAUGCUGCGGCUUUUGUUAUGCAAGCUUCUACCUGUCUCCAUGGCUCAGUUUCCCCAUUCACUGGUGGCACACCCUUUUGUCAUGUUUGCUUCAUCUCUGUGCUUUGCCAUGGCUGGGGAAGCUGCACCUCAAAGCUUUGGUGCACCCUGGGCUCACAGCUCAUGUUAUGGCAGCCCUCUGGGCAUUGAGAUUUUUAUAUUCUUAAAGCUCCUUUCAGGUUGGUGAGCAGGAAACAGACAAAGCAGCAAGUUUGUACACAUGGCUUGGCCUGGCUGGGACUCUGGGACACAGCAGUUGGUUUCAUUCCCAUAUGGAGUGGAGUUUCCCCUUCUCCUUUGCUUCUCUAAAUGCCUUUUUGCUCCGACCCUGAAAGCACGGUCACAUUCACAUUGUGCAAUACUUCUGCAGUUCUCUCCGCCUCCUCUCCUGUGACAAUCACGCAACCUCCCUGCUGCAUCUAUUAGGUGGGGUGGGAAGAGAGAAGAACUCUGCAUUUUUGUGGUAUUUUAAAGCCUCCUGGCUUCAAAGCACUUAUUUGCAGGAGUUUUGGAGCAGUGGAGUGCCCACCUACCAAAAGCUUAGAAUAUUGUGAGCAUUGGGGUAUGUGUGUGUCUUGUUAGCCCCCACUAAUGAAUUCACAAACAAAAUCCAAUAGCUGCCCAUGGCUUUUUUAUGUACUGUGGCUCAUGUGGCAAUCCAAAUAGAAACAAGUGAACUAACCUGAGGUUGGAGUAAUGCAUUUACUCAGAUGCUGCAAUUCACAGUGCAGGGUGCGCCUUCCAACUAAAAUGCUGCCUUGGUGGAAGAUGUGCGGAAUGCAGGCAACAAAAUAGGAAGCAGAUAUGUAUUAUGUAAAACCAGGUAGCAUAAAAAGACCUUGAUGAGGCCAAGUCCAUAUCGAUGAGAGUGUUUUAUUUCACUUUGUGAUUCCAUGCUGCCCCUAAAUAAUCUGCAUGUUUUCUGUUCACACAGCCCACCCCACUUUGCAAGCUUCUUCUUUGUACAGUGUCCCCCCCCCCCGGCAACCUCAUGGUUUGAACUUUUAUUUGUAAACAUGGAAUUCCACUCAUUUAGCUAUACAGCUUCCAAUAGGUGUGAUGCUUAAAGGGGAAGGAGGAAAUGACAGGAUAGGGAUGCUGACAGCAGUUCAUAGGGUAGUCAAGUUCUUGGGUUCACAAGUUGGGAGAUUUUGUAAGUGGUGGCUGCCAAAACGCACAGAGUUAUUACUGUGCAUGGUGAUAAUUUCACUAUAAACUUUUAGCUGAGUACCAGUUAUAUUGUUGUGGAGUAUAUCCUUUAUGGGAUGCGGGUGGCGCUGUGAUCUAAACCACUGAGCCUCUUAGGCUUGCUGAUCAGAAGGUCGGCGGUUCGAAUCCCCGCGAUGGGGUGAGCUCCCGUUGCUCGGUCCUAGCUCCUGCGAUCCUAGCAGUUCGAAAGCACGCCAAAAAGUGCAAGUAGAUAAAUAGGUCCUGCUCCGGCGGGAAGGUAAACAGCAUUUCCAUGCGCUGCUCUGGUUUCGCUAGAAGUGGCUUAGUCAUGCUGGCUACAUGACCCAGAAAAAAAUGUCUGCAGACAAACGCUGGCUCCCUCAGCCUGUAAAACAAGAUGAGUGUUGCAACCCCAGAGUCGUCUGCAACUGGACUUAACUGUCAGGGGUCCUUUACCUUUUUUAUCUUAUAUGUGUUCUGUUUUGUAGUAAUUGUCAUUUAAACCUUAAUUCAAAAGUUAAUUGUGGGAUUAUUUACCGGUAGCUUUUCAAAAUAGACAAAGUUAGCAAGGUGCCUUAGUGCAUCACUAGCUUGGAUGCAGUCAGGGUCAAGUUUGCCACAAUGUCAAGUACCACCAGUAUCUUGAGGCAGAGGAAUUUAUUUGUUCAACAAAAUGUACCGGUAUAUACCAUUUGAUUGUAGUACAACCUCUAAAUGGUUUACAAGAAAUAUUAAUGUUAUCAAUAAAACCAUUUUAAAUCAUUUUAACGUACUUAAAAGUAACAGGGGGGGGGGGAGAUUAAAACAUACCAACACCUAUUUAUAUGAGUAGACUUGCCUAAGCAGAAAUGCUCUAAGCAGAUGCUGAAAAGAGUAUAGCGAAGACACCUGUUGGAUGUCAGUAGGCAGAGAGUUCCAAAGUGUAGAUGCCGCUACACUAAAAUACUGAUUUCUUACAACUGUAUGAAAUGUACAUUUGGAAAUGGGGGGCUUGGCUAUGGUGCCACCACCACCAUUUUCAACAUUUGCCUUGUGUUGAUUGUGAUGGCUAGCUCUUCUCUGAGAGAUUUGGGACACUGUUCAACUAAGCAAUUGCGCUCAUGCAAGGAUUACCACUAAUGCAAUGGAACUCCCCACCAUGCAUACUCUGGCACAACCCCUAUAUUUUGGCCUUUAUUGUCUGCUGAAUAAAUCAGAGAGCUUUCACCUUCAAUGACUUCUUCCCUAAAAACCCUUCUAUUCCCCAGCUAAGAAGCUUUGGUCUGAUAUUUGACCAACUUAACAAGUUGAACUUUUAGUGUAUCCUUUAUGCACGUUCUUACUAUUUAUCAAGUUAAUUUUGCCAUUGGAAAGAUUAAUAUGUGGGCAGCCUGUGCUGGAGAUGUGUUUGGUUAUAGUUCCAGAAACAAAACUGUGUUUUUAAAGCAGCUAACUUUUACAUGGCAAGACAUUGGCAUGGGUAUUCUGAUGCAUUUAGAUCCUGAUCUUAGCUGGAUCCUUCUAUUUAUAAUGAGAUCUGAGCAAGCUGCUGUUCGUGGAGUGUGUGCGUGUGCGCGCACAAUCAUAUAUCAUGUAUAUCUGGUGAUGGUGAUGAUUACAGUACCAGGGACAGAAACAAAGCACCAUUUAAAUAUAUUAGAGCCAUAUACUGGUAUAUCUCCACCAUCCUCCUUCUAGCUGCCCACUGAAAACAGAAAAGUAGCCCCCAGGAAGUUCUGGGGGAGUUUGCCCCUUUAAAUUGGCCUUUUGUUUAUUUAUAUUUUUUAAAAUCACAACUGCGUGCAGCUUUGCAAAAUCUCCACUAGGAGGUAUUUUUUAAAGAAAAAUAUAUACAGUACUUAUAUAUUCCAUGCUGCUUCCGCUGCCUGCCUUUCUGUGUACACAGUGCCAGAAGAGUGAAAAUUGCCUCCUUAACACUGUAUGUGUGUGUCUGAUGGCUGAUGGGCUGUUUUAGGGUGGAGAAAGAAGGAAGGGAGAAUGUGGGCCACCCACAUGGUUCAGAGGAGCUGGGUGGUGGGCAUUUAGAUAAGGGGUAGUGACUGGCAGGCUGUGGUCAAGUGUGGUGAUUGUGUGUGUGUGUGUGUGUGUGUGUGUGUGUGUGUGCUUGCGUGCGUGCGCCAGCAAAAUGGAGAUUCAGGAGAGAAAAGACUUGGCCAUGUCUAUACCCUGUAACUCCUGCUGGAGCUGGCAAGGGGAUUUGGAGCUUGGGUGUAACUCCGUCUUUUCCCCACCUCAGUAAGUUCCUCUUCACUCUUUAAAUAAUAUCUAGCUUUACCAGGUAGGUUUUUUUUAAUGCUGGAAAUUAAUUUCCGGAGCUAUUUUAAUUUUGCUGUAUUUAAUUUGAUGCUUACUUUAAUUAACUGCUGCUUAAACCUUCUCCCAAGCUACUUUCAGAUGUCUGUGAUUGCUGAACUUGAGUGGAAAGAUGGGCUGGAGGGAGUCUGGGGAGCAGCAGGGGGUUGAGGUAGAAGGAAUGGAUGGAGCUAGGUAGCCCAGGUGAUAAAUGUCCAAUGCCCCCCUCCCCCAACAGCUCUCCCCAUCUGCCUCAGUCCUACCUGCGUGUGUAAGGCACCUGAGAGGUAUGUUAUUGGAUAGGUGGCCCGUAAGCUUUUGCAUGGGACAGGGACACUUCCAAUAGUCGAUCUUUCUCCUGCUUUUCUUUCUCUUUUUUCUGCCCCCCUUGGCAUUUUGUUAACUAAUUAAAUUGUAGCACCUUUAAAUAAGCUGUCCUUUGAGUCAUUGCAAAACCCAGCAAUGUUCCUUUGUCCCCCCCCCCCCCUUGCUCACAAGAUACUAUUUAAUGAGCCCAGUAGCUCCUGUUAAACUGGCCAUGGGUUAUUUUAUGCUGAUACCAGUUUAAUCCAGCCUUCUGACACCUCAUGAAAUUGUGCCCUCACCACUGUCUACAAACAUGUGACAUACCCUCCAACAUUCCCCAGAUGAAAAUAGGGACAUUUCUCACUCCCCCACAACCGACCCCCCAUUUUUUGGGUGUCCCCCCCCCCCACAGAGCAUUUCCCAUCAGAAAAAGGACUAGUGCUGCCACCAUUACACCAAGGGGAAACAGUACACACAACCUCCACCACCCCGAAAAACAAACCCUGAAUCCCGGUUUUAUUUUAAUAUGGUUGGGGAAACAGGAAUAUUCCAGGAUCAAAUCAGAAGCUGGGAUGGCUUUCGUAAUUCCAUGUUUCCAAAUGUCCCUGGAAAAUCGGGACCUUGUGGGGUGAUAGCUUUCCCUGUGAGAAACUGAGGCCCAGAGCACUGGUUUUACUUACAUGAGCCAGGCGUCUCAUCUCCAGACACAGAGGGCUCCAUGGUGAACUGGCUCUGCUCCCUUAAUUUAUGCCUGCCAUAUGUGUGCCUCCCUUUUACGCUUUGCUUUACUGGGUAGAAUGGUAUUAGCAGAGACUAAAGCCUAAAUUGCGUCUGAGUCUUGACACACUGUGUCUUUUUGUGUGUGUGUGUGUAUGUGGUUGUUUAAAAACCAACCAGGUGUACACAAUUCUUGCCUCAAAUGGUAAAAGAAGUAGGAUGUACAUUUGGGGGGGGGGAGAAAGAGGCAGCAGCUAAGAAUAACAAUAGUAAAACUUUCACACCAGAGCGGUGUGUAUUCAUUCUUUCUGGUGUUGAGUUGCUUGUUUUUCUUCUCAGCUACUGCAAAGGUGUCUGGGGCAGGAAUUCAGUAACACUGGGCAAGCGGGUAGAGGGAAAUUGGGACAGGGUCUGUUUCAGACAACGUUCCCUCAGGAGCUCAGAUCUGCUGGAGCAGAGUUGGCUUAUGAGCUGGUUAAUGAACACCAAUUUGUGGCACCUGGCAGCUUGAUGCAGGUCGAUGAUGGAGGGUAGGGGGGGUCUUCCGGAGGAGGGAGAGAGCUGGGAACGGAGAUCAGAAGGGAUGUGACGAUGAUGGUAAGACAGCGAGAAUGUGUUAUUUUUUUGCUUGGCAGAGGGGGCUGCUUGAGGACAGUGGGUUGUGCUUGCAAGAGAGGCCUGGGCCUAGUUGCUAGGAGCAGAGAACCUGUUUACUGAGGUUUCCUGUCAGGGAUAAUUGAUUCCUGUGUGCAUUUGUGAAAGAAAACUGAGGCAACUCUCGGCUAGGCAGAGGCAGAUUGUUUUGUGACAGGGAUCAGCAGAAGAAACUCAAACACGGGCCCACAGUGCGAAGUCUGGCAGUCCCAAGGGGAUGUUAAAAAUAAAUAUAAAAAUGCUCGGAGGGAGGGACUCGAGCAGCUGGGUCCGUCUUGACCUGUACUCUGGACUUUGAAUGCUGAUUCCUUUCACUCAUACCUCACACACACCCUGGUGAAUAGAGCUGAGGGAAGAGUUGGGCCCAGGCAAACUACAUAUUGCAGAGCAUGGUUGAAUGAGUUAGGGAACUGAGGAACUGACUCCAACAUGGCCACUUAAGGCCCGCCUUAGCCUUUCCCUUUGGACUGGAUAGAAAACUCUCCAUGACCUCAGCUUUAUACAAGCCCUUCAGAUUAGGAGUUAUCUGGGAGAGGUGGUGAGCCGGAGGAGUUAAAUGACCAUUUCUCUGCGGAAGAAGUUAAAGCUAUCAAUUGGGGAGUGGGCAGAAGUAGAAAUCAAAGCAGUAUUUACAUAGAAUAUAAAAUAUGCCUUAACAUUAUUGAUGAAAUCUGGAAGUUAAAAGCCUGUUGACCUCAAUCCUCCUCAUAAGGUAAAGGUAAUGGACCCCUGGAUGGUCAAGUCUAGUCAAAGGCGAAUAUGGGGUUGUGGCGCUUGUUGUGUAUUGAGUCAAAGGAUUUUAUCUCUGUAUUAUUAUUGUCUGUAUUUGCAUUAGGAUAAAGUAACUGCCUUUUGGUUCCAGAGGGUACAGCUACUAUUGGUUCAUUUAAGCUGCUGUAUUUGGAUCCUCUGUCUUAUUGGUUCCCUCCAAAAGGCAGCACUGUGAUUGCCUGAUAUUGUUCCCUCCAAAAUGUAUCCCCUUCUAGCUAGUUCCCUGUCCCUAUAAAUGUAGCCUUCCUGCCCUCACAGUCAGUCUUGUUCACUUUAAUAAAGAGCUGUUACUAGAGAACUGUCUCCAGCAUGUUUUGUCAAGAGAGCUGAAAUCACAAACCCCACGUCACAACAACUGGCGACGAAGGUGGGAUCCGGAAUGCUGAGGAGCGGUUAAACACAACCCUGCCUCAGAGUCCGGAUUGCAGCUGAGAACAAGACUCACUGGCCAGCUGAGAAGACGACCCUGCCCGCUAGGACAAUGGAGAGUCCUAGGGUAUUGGAGCCCUUCCAGCCAUCAGAGCCCCACACGUGGGAAGACUACGUCGAACGCUUUGAGUUCUUCGCAGUGGCUCAAGGGAUCACUGAUGCCAGCAAAAGAAGGGCCACAUUCCUGAGCUACUGUGGGCCCGAGACCUUCAAGCUAGCCAAGGCAUUACUUGCUCCAGCGAAGCUGAGUGAGACAUCUCUCCAAGAUAUUCUUGCCUGCCUAACAAGCCACUUGGCGCCUACUGAGACCAAGAUGGCCCGGCGGAUGGAGUUCCAUAAGAGGCAGCAGCAUGCUGGGGAGUCUGUAUCCGCAUUUCUGGCUGAACUCCGGAAGCUCGCUCAGCACUGCGGCUUCCAAAAUCUGGAAGAGACUCUCCUGGAUCGGUUUAUUGGUGGUCUGAGCAGCAAGAAAGCCAGAAGACGCAUCGUGGCUAAAGAAGAGGUUACCCUUGCUUCAGCCUUGAAGGAGGCCACCGCCACGGAGAAUUAUGAAAGAGAGGAGCUUGAUGCCAGUCGCAAGGCCACUAAGCCACAGAUAGAAGUUGCGCAUGCCAUGGACGAGCUAGAGGCUACUCCGAGCCAGAGCCCAGUCCGUGGGGUCGAGUUGGUGCGUCAGGCCUGCACAGUGCACAAAGAUCACCGAGGCAGUUGCCCAGGUUGUGGCGGAAACCAUGGGCGGAAGAGUUGUCGUUUCAGGGAUGCUAUGUGCCGGAUGUGCGGGAAGACAGGUCACAUCGCCAGGGUCUGUAGAUCGGCGGCGUCAGGAGCAACAGGAGCACCUAGACUGGAGCAUCGCAGACCGCCCACAGCAACUCAUUUUCGAAAGGACUGCCACUACAUAACGGAGAUCAACGGGAGGGCCGUGCAGUUUCCAGCGCAAGGCAAGGCACACGUCAAGGUGAAGAUUGAGGGUCAGCAGUGCGACAUGGAGGUGGACUCUGGAUCUGCAUUCACCAUCGUGUCGGACCAGACCGCGAAGACAUUCUUCCCCAGGGGUAAGUUGCCCCCUCUGGAGCCCUUCCCGGCAACCUUGCAGUCGUACUCAGCAGGCCGCAUCCAUGUUAUGGGAAUGUGUGCUGUGAGAGUACAGUUCCGGGACAAACAGGCUGUACUCAAACUGGUGAUUGCGAAGGGCAGUCGCCCCAGUCUCCUGGGCACUGACUGGUUCCCCGCCCUGGGACUGAGUAUCUCAGGGCUUAAUUCAAUCCAAACCUGCCCUGAGAUGAGCGAGGCAUUAUGCAAGGAAUUUGCUGGUCUAUUUAAUGGAAAACUGGGUUGUUAUAAAGGGCCCCCAGUUGACUUCGAGUUGGACCCCGGGGUGGCCCCAAUCCGACUCAAACCAAGGCGAGUGCCAUUUGCACUGCAACCCAAGAUCGAGGCAGAGCUGGAUAAAUUGGUCAAGCAGGGAGUUCUCUCACCCGUGGACUCUGCUAAGUGGGAGACUCCAAUCGUCACGCCCCUUAAAGCAAAUGGGGAAGUCAGGAUAUGUGCAGAUUACAAAUGUACUAUCAAUAAGGCACUCAGGGGAAACUCAUACCCCAUUCCAGUCGUAUCACAUCUGUUGGCUAAACUGGCUGGGGGCAAGGUGUUCGCCAAAAUUGACCUGGCACAAGCUUACCAACAGCUGCCAGUAACCCCACAAUCAGCGGAAGCACAGACUAUUGUCACACAUAAAGGGGCGUUCAGAGUUAACAGAUUACAGUUCGGAGUUUGUGUGGCCCCAGGGAUUUUUCAAGGGCUCAUGGAACGCCUGUUAAGGGGUCUGCCGGGGGUCUUGCCAUUUUUUGAUGACGUUUUGAUUGCUGGAAAAGACCCACAGGAACUGGUUGCGCGUGUCCGUGCAGUGUUGCUCAAGUUCAAGGAGGUGGGGUUGCAACUGAAAAAAGAAAAAUGCAGUUUUGGGGUGCCAACUGUGGAUUUCUAGGGGUUUAAAAUUGAUGCAUCAGGCAUCCACCCCACAGAUGCUAAGAUUAAGGCCAUCAUCGAGGCACCACGACCACAGAACAAGACGGAGUUGCAGUCAUUCCUGGGACUUAUUAACUUUUAUCAUUUAUUCUUACCCCAGAAAGCUUCGGUAGCUGAACCAUUACAUAGACUUUUGCAGAAAAAGAAUGUGUGGCGAUGGGGGCGGGAGCAGCAGAAGGCUUUUGACUCCUUGCGAGAAAUGCUGAGUAGCAGGAGCGUCCUUGCUCAUUAUGAUGAGUCGAAGCCGCUGGUCUUGGCAUGUGAUGCCUCUCAAUACGGCCUGGGGGCUGUGCUGAGUCAUAGGGAACCGGAUGGGUCGGAAAAGCCCAUCUCUUUCUAUUCCCGUACGUUGUCACCCACGGAGCGCAACUAUGCUCAAAUUGAUAAAGAGGCACUAGCAAUUGUGUCAGGAAUCAAAAGGUUCUAUGAUUAUUUGUACGGUCGCCAUUUCUCCAUUGAAACGGACCACAAACCACUGUUAGGGUUGUUCAACCCAAACAAACAAACACCACAAAUUCUCUCCCCCAGAAUGUUGCGUUGGUCAAUAUUCCUGAAUGGGUUCCAGUACACCUUGACCCAUGUGCCGGGGAAACAGUUGUGCCACGCUGAUGCGCUGAGUCGAUUGCCCCUUCCUGGCGGGAGCAAUGAGGAUCCUGCUCCGGCGGAGCACAUUAUGAUGCUAGAAACACUUCCAGGGGCUCCUGUAACAGCUACUGAUAUAGCUGAGAAAACGAGGAAAGAUGCUGUUCUCUCCCGUGUGCUCACUUGGGUGGGGAGGGGGUGGCCAGGUGGUCCGCAUGAAGAAAAAUUCAGGCCUUAUGCGACAAGGCAGCACGAAUUGUCCAUGCAUAAGGGUUGUCUCCUAUGGGGAGAUAGGGUGAUCAUCCCAGCACCACUGAGAAACAGGGUUCUUGAGACGCUUCACAUGGGACACCCGGGAAUGGUCAGGAUGAAGUCGCUAGCCCGAUGUUAUGUGUGGUGGCCUGGAAUGGACCAGAACAUAGAACAAUGGGUACGAACAUGCAAGGCAUGCCAAGAGGUGCGGCCAGAAGUGGCCAGAGCACCAGUCCACUGGUGGGAGCAGUCCAGGACUCCCUGGAGCCGGCUACACAUAGAUUUUGCUGGGCCAUUCCAAGGGAAGGUCUUUUUGGUUAUCGUUGAUGCAUACUCCAAAUGGUUAGAAGUGGCGAUGGUCCCUAGCAUGGCAUCAGCUGCCGUAAUCAAGGUGUUGAGGCAGCUGUUUGCAACCCAUGGGUUACCUGAGACCAUUGUAUCAGAUAAUGGGGCAGCUUUUGUAUCCCAAGAAUUCAGGGCAUUCUUGGCUGAUAACUUCAUAAGAGGGGUCACAUCCGCGCCCUUUCACCCAUCUUCCAAUGGGCAGGCUGAGCGCAUGGUAAGAACAGCCAAAGAAUCCAUUGCACGCUUAAUGGAGGGUAACUGGUCGGCUCGCAUUGCGCGAAUGUUAUUUUUGCAGCAUGCGAAGCCGUGUACUGCGACGGGCAAGUCGCCAGCUGAGCUGCUCUUAGGUAGAAGACUGGUAACGGUGCUGGAUUAUGUCCACCCAGAUAAAAUGCCAAACCGUAAUUCAAGAGCAACCCCCCAGGCUGAGACUGACACAACAAGGUAUCUCGCCCCUGAAGAUCUGGUCUGGGUGAGGAACUAUUCACGAGGUCCGCGGUGGGUGGCCGGUGUGAUCACCCGGGCUAGUGGACCUGUGUCCUAUUAUGUGACCUUGGAAAAUGGGCAAGUUUGGAAGAGACAUAUAGAUCAGCUGAGGCGCCGGGCGCUCAGCAGGGAGGAGUCAGAUAAUUCAUCCCUGGCUAAUGACGCACAGCUGCGAGACCAGAGUGAAGAUGGCCCAGAGGUGCAGUCACCAGGGGCUUCCGCAAAUGAACCAGGGCCUGCUAGUCCUCAGGAUGACGAGGUACAGGUAGGGGACCCUGAGAUGUCUGGGACUCCAUCUGUUCCUGACGAAACCCCUAUAGCAGCCCCUCCACCACAGGUAACACCCAAUCCAGAACCUGCAACACCUGUUGUCAGGAGAUCAAGUAGAAGUUGUAGGACCCCACAGUACCUGAGGGAUUACGUCUGCUGUGCUCACUAGGGGGGGAGGGGUGUUGUGUAUUGAGUCAAAGGAUUUUAUCUCUGUAUUAUUAUUGUCUGUAUUUGCAUUAGGAUAAAGUAACUGCCUUUUGGUUCCAGAGGGUACAGCUACUAUUGGUUCAUUUAAGCUGCUGUAUUUGGAUCCUCUGUCUUAUUGGUUCCCUCCAAAAGGCAGCACUGUGAUUGCCUGAUAUUGUUCCCUCCAAAAUGUAUCCCCUUCUAGCUAGUUCCCUGUCCCUAUAAAUGUAGCCUUCCUGCCCUCACAGUCAGUCUUGUUCACUUUAAUAAAGAGCUGUUACUAGAGAACUGUCUCCAGCAUGUUUUGUCAAGAGAGCUGAAAUCACAAACCCCACGUCACAACAGCGCUCAUCUCACUUUCAGGCCGAGGGAGCUGGCGUUUGUCCACAGACAGUUUUCUGGGUCAUGUGGCCAGCAUGACUAAACCGCUACUGGUGCACAGAGGACUGUGACGAAUGCCAGAGCGCACGGAAACACAAUUUACCUUCCCGCUGCAGUGCACCUAUUUAUCUACUUGCACCGGCAUGCUUUCGAACUGCUAGGUUGGGAGGAGCUGGGGCUGAGCAAUGGGUGCUCACCCCAUCAUGGGGAGUCGAACCGCCGACCUUUCGAUCAGCAAGCCCAAGAGGCUCAGUGGUUUAGACCACAGCGCCACCCGUCUCACCACCCAGUUAACAAUAUAAGCUGGGAACAAAAUUCCCUUAAAAAAUCACUGUUGCUACUGUUCUCUUUAGUCCCCCAGGUCCAGCCUCCCUGUUUCUUUUUAAGCAUUAAUUUGCAAUACACACAUAUUUAAGAAUGACCAUUACAACUAAAUAGAGUUUGUGCUAAGAGUUGAGCAAAAAGCAACUGAUUCAAUAUGCACAUCAAUCAACAACAAUUCCUUGAUUAUGUGUUGUGGGGGGAUCAGUUUUUAACCUGCAGGAGCUAAUUUUAAAUGCUAGGACUGAGUGUUAAAAGCCCUUUAAAAAAAUUAAUCUAUACUGAUUCUGGUGUAAAUAAUCAUUAAAGAAAAACAUUACAAAUGUCAUUUCCUCAUAAUGGUGAGUAGUUGGUUUGGUGGUAAUCAAACUUACUUAAAUUUAAAUGGUCAUUAGACAGAUUAUUAAAGGUGUUUUUUUUAGUAAACUAAUCAUUUGUUAGCCCAAAUCUGGAUUAAUAUAUGCAGAAGAGCAAUAUGGGAGUAUUUGCACCCCCAGUGAGCACUACUUUUAAACUAUCAUUAGUAUUGUCCCCUCUUAUGCAACCACAGCAUUAAAGGUCUUCGCUUUCUUAUACUGGUUAGUGUGUCAGAUUAUGACCUGGGAGACCAGGACUCAAAUUCCUACUUGGCUGUGAAGCUCAGAGGGUCAUCUUAGGUCAUUCAUUGCCUCUCACCCUAACCUACCUCACAGGGUUGUUGUGAGCAUUAAAUGGUUAGGGGCAGAACAAUGUAUGCCAUCUUGAGCUUCUUGGAGAAAAAGGUGAUACAGUAUAUAAAUGCAAUGAAUACUGGUAACUGAAAAGAAAACAUCCAUUUGGACUCUUCCAGUUCUUCUGUCAUUUCAGAGUUGAAACUCAUGCUUUACCUUACAGAGGCCCUGUAUUUGAAAAUGUCCUCUGUUUGGAGGGCUGCCUGGUCCGAGUCUUGUUUAAAAAUAAAGAACCCUAAGGCAGAAGAGCAGGGGAGGGUCUCUGAGGUUGCCCACCUCACUUAGCACCUGAAUGGCAGACUGACCAGGCACACAGGUCACCUGGUCACAGCAUUUCCUAUACAGUGAAAGGUAUUGCAUUUCUAUUUAAAUUAUAGAAAUUCUUUCUAAAUUUGGGCUGCUUUUGGACUGCUCCAUAGAAUUAGCAUAUGCAGAUUGUAUGCAAAUAAGAACCACCUUUCAUUUUCUGUUUUAGUGAUGCAUUUGCUCUUGAUGUGCAAGUGGCCUCUUGAAACAGGUAACAGGUAUAUAGGUAACACACACACACACGUAAUAUAGGUAACAGGCAGCAACUGGGGGGUGGAGGAGGGGGAACUGCCACAGUUGGAGUGGAAUAGUGUUGCUCAGUGCUUUCUCUCUAUGGAUUUUGCUACCUACACAACUUCCACAGUCCACUCAUGGACUGCUCUGUGGCAAAGGUCCACUGGAUGUGCAAAAUUGGCACAUCCCAGACUUGCCAGUGGCUUGUUCUCUAUGUGGUUAAAGGAUGUUUCAUGUUGGAAAAAGCACAAUUGGUCAACCUUCUGAGAGCUGUCUUGCUUCUUCCUUUGUUCUGUGUUGUGGUGGGUCUUGGUUUUGCAGCUGUGACCUUUGUAGCUGGUGCUAGUGGUCCUUAAGGCCCUUGCAACCUAAGAAAGAAGUAAGGAGGAGGGAGGUGGGCUGGGUCAUGGGCUAAAAAUAUAAGAGAACUGAAGAGAAAGAUUGAGAAAAUAAAAGAGUUAAAGGGCAGAAUGUGAUGUGGAGGGGAGUACCGGUAGGUAAAAUUUAUCAGCCUAGAAAGUUUCAACCAGUGGGGAGAGGAUCUAGAAACGGUAGAUAUACAGGUAACACAAGAAAUUUCAGGGGUUGCCUAGACAUGCCUUACAACCCCUUUCUUUGGAGGCAUUUCCCCUUGGAGUGAGAGUGCUUCUUAGUGACAUUUCAUACUAUUUUGUAAGGCUGAUUUUGUAAGUUCUAUUUUAGUAACCAGGCUUUGAGCUUUUCACACUUGUAGACGGGAGUUUGGGAGGAUUAACCUGAUGAGUCUCAAAACAAACGAAAACAGUCCUACUGGGAAAGUAAAUGUAUUUAUGUGCAACUUUAAAAUGCACACACACACAUAUAAACUGGGCAGUUACAUCAGAAUGGUUUGUCUUCUGAGCCCUCUUGUUUGACUUGGCCACCCACUUGACACCUCAAACUGUCAGGUCCUCUUUGAUCUUCUCAACUUAUUCUGGAUAGAAUCCUGGGGUUGAAAUAGCACCUGAAGAGACCCUCAGAAUCUCUGGGAUCAGUCUGCACAGCAAACACAAGCUGAUUCUCCUAUAACAUUUCUUGAAGUUCCUCAGCUUUCCCUGUUUUGAAUUGUGAGCAUUGCAACUGAGAAGCGAGAGGGCUUAAGCAACUUUUAGUGUCACUGUUGUUAUUUGGGGACAGUAAGUUUCCUCUUCCUCCCCUCCUACCAUCUCUAGUUUCUUGUGUGCUAAUGUGAAGACAGUCUUUCUUUUACUGCUGGAAUGGCCACUGGAAAAUGCCCCUGGCCCAUAGGAUUCAAGCUUCGUCAUUUAUAUCUGGAUGUCAAAUCUGUUUUAGUGAACCACUGAAAGGUUUGUCUGCAGUUCUGAGCAUCCCAAAAGAAUUGGCAUUGGGAAGAUAGGAAGCUGCCAUAUCCAAAGUCCCUUGGUUCUCCUAGCUUAGUAUUGUCUAUGUUGACUGACAGCAGCUCUUCAAGUUUUCAGACAUGGGACAUUCUGCAACUGAACCCCCCCCCCAAGAAGGCUUGCAAACAGACCACUUUCUGUCUGUCCUGGGAUGUUUCUGGAACUUAAGACUGGCUGUCAGACCAGGUUUCUCCCUUCGAGAAGACUAUUGAGUUUCCCUUCCCCUUAUGUAAAGGUGGUUUUUUUUAAAAAAAAUACAUUUUGUGUGGAUGUAUAAUAUUUGUGUGAAGACCUGGAAUCUGGUUGGGUUAUUUAUGCCAUGUGUGAAAAACAUCAACUGCCCCUCCUCUAGUCCAGUGAUGGGCAACCUUUUGAGUUUAGUGUGUCAAAAUUCGCCAAAAAAAACCGAGCAUAACUCGGGUGGUGUGUCAUUUCAGGAAAAAAAACCCCAUAAUUUCACGAUAUUUAUAGUUUAAAUAACAAAAAUGUAUAAUUGUAAUAUAUAACUGUAUUUAAUAAAUCAAAAACUAAUUAUUUAACCGAACCAAACCAAAAACCCCUUAUUUAUCACAAAGUGCCCAGAGUUGUUGAGCUUUUUGGGGGGAGCUGCUGACCAAAGUUUUGGAGUUUUUUUGGGGGGUGCAAAGUUGCUUUGCUUUUUUUAGGGGGGUUUCCCAAAGCUGCUGUGCUGUUUUUUUGGGGGGGGGGGUAAAGAGAACAGAAAUAAAUGACGAAUAAUACCUUCGCUGGAACUAACACGCAGCACUGAUAUAGCCUGCCAAAGCACCAAAAAAACCAGCACAGAACCGGUUAAAAAAUGAACGCUGUUACACCCAAUCAUCGUCUGCCAAAGCGCCAGAAAAAACAGGACAACAACAAAACAACAACAACAACAACAACAACAACAAGGAUCCGGGUUUUAACAUAGGAGACAAUGGGUUUUAACAGUGGAGACAAGCCAUAGCAUGAGGAGGAGUGGGAGAACAAAUGGGGGGGGGGACAACAACAACUGUGCGAAUGGGCCAAUGGGGCACGUGCCACCAGUGAGGGCUCUGCGUGUCACGUCUGACGCGUGUCAUAGGUUCGCCAUCACUGCUCUAGUCCCUCCAGAGCUUGUGUGGGAUAGUGACAUCUCAACAUUCAGUAGUGUAGAGCAGCUUAGUAGGGUUGUAUUGGCGAUGAAUGUGGCACACUCCAGGUGUUGUUGGACUACAACAUAGCCAGUAGUCAGGGAUUAUAGGAAUUAGAAUUUAACAAUAUCUGAUAGGCACCAUUGUCGGGUGCCCCCAUUUUAGGCUGUGGUGGUAAGGAAGAGUUGCUGGCUUCAGUGAACCCCUUCCAUUUAUGAGAAGGUAUGUUUGAACUGUGUUGUUUGUGUGUGCUAUUGCAGGAGACUGCAUGUGCUCAGAAGAGAGGAUCUGUUUAUCUUUUGUGUCUGUGCUGUCUGCUGUAGAAAGGGACUAAUAUUAAAAGAAGGUGUGAGCUCUCUGCCAGAAGAACAUAAGAGCCCCGCUGGAUCAGACCCAAAGGUCCAUCUGGUUCAACAUCCUGUUUCCCACAGUGGCCAACCAAAAUUCCUUUGGGAAGCCCACAAGCAGAGUAGGAAGGCAGGCAGUUCUCUCCUGGAACUGUUUCCCAGCAAAUGGUAUUUCAUUGUCUUUCUGCCUCUGAACAUUGGUGUCUUAUAUAGCAAUUUUGACUAGUAGCCAUCAAUAACCUUAUUCUUCAUACAUUUAUCUAAACCCUUUAAAAAUCCAUCUAAGCCAAUGGCUGUGGCAGCAAAUUAAUAAGUUAACUAUCUGCUAUAUGAAUAAGUCUCCCCCCCCCUGUCUGCCCUGAAUCUCCUGUCCCAUCAGUUUCAUUGGAUGACUCUUGAGUUCUAGUAUUAUUAGGGAGGGAGAAAAACAUGUCUUUUUGUGGAGGAAGUAGAUAAUUUUUACAAACCGUUGUCAUGACACAAACCCUUUUUGCACUUUUUCAAAAAUUAAAACUUCUUAACGUUUUAGCCUUGGCCUUGAAGGGAAGCUGUUUCAUUGCCCUGAUCACUUUGGUUGCUUUCCUCUUCACCUUUUCCAGCUCUCUAAUACCUUUUCUUAGUGCAGUGAGCGGAACUGUAGACAGUAUUCCAAGUGUAGCUGCACCAAAGGUUUGUAUAAGAAUAUUGCUAUACUGGCAACUUCAUUUUUGAUCCCUAUGCUGGGUUAGCAUUUUCACUGAGCCUGUUCAUUGUGACACCAAUUCUCUUUCCUGGUUAGUCACUUCAGGUUCAGAUCCCAUUAGUGUAUAUGUGUAAUUAAGGUUGGGUUUUUUUUAUGUGUGCACCACUUUAUACUCGAGCAACAUUUGCCAUUUUGUUGUGUAUUCACUCAGUAUGGAGCUGCCCUUUUGGAGCUCUUCCCAGUCUGCUUGGGCUUCCACCACCCACAGUAAUCUGCAAACGUGGCUACGGUACCUGACAGUUCAUCACUAACCCACUUCGGGAAAAGUUAAAAACUGGUCCCAAUACAGAUCCUUGGUGAACCAUUUUCUUCUAUCCAUGUCUAUUUAAUUCCACUCUCUGUUUCCUGCUCAACUAGUUAAUAUUCCUUAAGAGGACCCCGGAGCCUUUGGUGAGGGACUCAAAGGCUUUGUUUUCGCUAACCAUGGUUUAAAUAUUAUGUAUGGAUCAGGCCACUAAUGCAACUUGAGUUAUAGAAACUUUUUGUGUUCUAACAAGUGAAAAGUUUCAGAUGCAAUUUGUGUGUGUGCACAUGUGCGCACGGAGAUACAUUGUUCACUCCCAUGCUCUAAGAAUAUAGGAACCAGGAGUGGGCCACACCCCUAGUGCCACACUCACCUUCCCUAGUGACUACUGUACAUGUGCAGCACAGACAUCUGUAGGGAGUGGGUCUUGUGCAUAUAAUUAUAUGAAGCUUUCCCCGGAAUAUGAAACACUGACUGAGUACUCUGUACAGCAGGGCUGGGGAACCUUGUGCCCUGGGGUUAAAAUGCAACCCUUUAGGCUUGUCUUUCCCUUUACUCUCUCCAAGUUGCACCCUCCUUGAGUGUUUUUUGCCUGCCUGGAAAGUGUUAUUGAACUCUGGUAAUGGCUCUUGCUUGCCUGGGUGCAUGAUAGGGAUGUAAGAGUGUGUAUAGAAAUUAACCUGCUGUGCAAAGAUAAUAUUUGCAUCCACUGCUCUACCCUCUUUUGCCUCUGGCUCCACCCACCCUUUGGGAGACUGCCAAGAAAGGAAUUCAAUCUUCGGGUUGGAAAAGGUCCCCCUCCCUGCGCUUCAGACAUUUGUGCUGUAUCUGCAGUCUGUGUAGGGCUACUCGAUGAGGUUUGACUCUUUCCUCCUGUGUGAAACCCGGGAGCAAAGAAGCCAAGAUAGGAUUUGCAAAUGUUUGGCCAUUUGUAAGUGUGGCUGUUGUGUAGUAUUUAGUGUCUCUCCGUCUAAUCUACCUUGCAGGGUUGUUGUGAGGCUGAAAUGAGAAAAAGAGAGACUAAUGGAUAGAAAUGUAGAAGUAACUACAUAUAGCAAGUAGCACCAAUAAGAUAUCAUUAGCUUGCUGAUCAUUGAUAUAAAUGAGGGGAGUCCAUUGCUCAUUGGAUCAGUUGAUGGAAGGUACCAGCCAGGUGGGCUGUGACCAGACCUGCACAGCAACAGAUAGAAGCAUUGUGAGUUGAUUUUUUUUUGUUAUUUUGAUAUAUUUCUCACCUUUUACCUUAAGGUCCCAGGGUGGGUCACAACAAUUUAAAAUGCAAGCUUAAUACAAGUUCUGAAGCCUGUGUUGCAGGAGAUGUUUGAUGCCUGUGGCCCAUCAUACCAGCAGCAUCUGUUGGUGUGUAGUUGACAAUGCUGAACGGUGUCACAAAGCUCCCCUAAAACAUACCUGGCUUAGGUGCAGUUGCAACCAAAGAGCCUCUUUCUGAGUACUGCUUAAAAGCUCACCUGUUUGGUGGCAAACCUGGCCUCAGUCAGAAGUACCGUACUUCAAGUUCAGCCAUUUUGCUUGGGGUUUGCUUUGUGUUUGUGGACAUGAAGCUGAAGCUUUGGGCUACUUCCAACAUCAUUUUCCAGGCAUUGGUCCACAGCACCAUGUCCCAAGAUGCAUGUGCACAGUGUAAGAAAAAAACAUAUAUUGUAUAUGUCCUGAGCCAUGAGAGUACUGUCCAACCUGGAACAUAGAUCCAGCCUGAGGAGAGCUGUUGAGUAAGGCUGUGUACAUGUCAUACGUUUAAAGCACAUGGCUCCCCCCCCAAAAAAAAUCCUCAAGACUAUAAUUUACCCUACACAGAGCUACAGUUCCCAGCAUCCUUAACAAACUACACUUCCCAGGAUUCUUUGCGGGAAGUCAUGUGCUUUAAAUGUAUGGUGUGUACACAGAACCUUGCACACUGCAUUUGGAACAACAGUGUCACUGAGUACCCAUCUUCUCUAGGAAAUAGAUAUGUGUUCUCAUCCAUGCAUGUAAAGGUACAGACCUUUAAUAAAUAAACAAAACCAGAAGCUGCCCUCUGGGGACAGAGGACAGACUCUUCCCCACAAGUUUUAUGCCCAGCUGUAUUUAAUUUGGAAUGCAUUAUUCUCUCUCUCUCUCUAUUGGAGAACAGGAUCUUUUGUGCAGAAGGUGGGCUUACCCUCGGCAAGGACAAGGCUGCUGGGAUGUUGGUGGCUUCCUCUUUGUUUUAUCCUUGCCUCAGGUCAGCGCAUGCAAUCCAGCUGUUGCCUGUGCUCUUCUCCUUUGUUUGCUUGCACACCUUUGCAGUGCAUUCUGGGAAGCCCAUCCCACAGUGCCAAACAGGCUCUUGCAAGCAGAGAGACAGAAUAAUUUGCAAAGUAACGCAGUGGAAUGUGGAACUGAAUGGGUACAGAACACUUGUGAAUAUAGGGUGGAGGGGGUUGUGGGUUGUGCCUCAGGCAUUCCCAGCUGUGCCACACACAAAAAGCCCCUUAUGGUAUGUGCUGCCAAGCCAGAUCCAAAACAGGAUUUGCUGUAGGCGGGUUGGUCAACACCUAGGCGCUGUGUGUGUUUUACCACUAGAUUUGUUUUCUGUUGGAACUAAACUAGCACGGCAUAACCAGUGGUGGUUCAGUUAAAUUUAAUACUUUAUUGUUGGAUCUUCUGUGACAAAAUACUCUUACCAAUUUUCCCAUUGGAGGUGUAUGUUAAAUUUGAUAGCUGCAGUUUCAAGCAUCCCUGGGGAACUAGCGUUAAAGAGGCAGGGCAGACUGUUUUGGAGUUGAGGAGUAAUUGCUGCUGUUCUCUUGAACAUAAAUAGUUGGCUAGCAGUAUGCCUCUUUUCAAAUACAGCACUGUUUCCCCUACUCUCUCAGAGGGGCCAGGGGACUAGCACUGAGGAACUAAGUGUGGAAAAACAGGAGACAACAGAUCUCAAAGGAACUCUGAAUGUGGAUGCUCCCAGAAGUGAUAGAGCAAAUUCUGAAGUUGCUCCUGAACACGAAAAGGAACAUGUGAAUGGUGCCUGGGCAUGGCUGCUUGUGGAAAAUCCUGAUGUAAGAAGCAUUCAGCCAGAGCAAGAUAAAGUGGCCCACUAUAUAAUCGCUUGGUGAUGCAGUUUUUAUUUAUAUUUAUUUCAUACAUACAUAUGAAGACCAAGGCACAUGCAAAUAUGUGAGCUUUAUAAAUAUCCUGCCAUUUUCACUUCACCAAUAGACUAUUGAUUCACAGGCAAAUACUUUUUGGACUGAAGGUGGCAGGUGGCGCUGUGGUCUAAACCACUGAGCCUCUUGGGCUUGCUGAUCAGAAUGUCAGUGGUUCAAAUCUGCACAAUGGGGUGAGCUCCCAUUGCUCUGUCCCAGCUCCUGCCAACCUAGCAGUUUGAAAUCCCGCCAGUGCAAGUAUAUAAAUAGGUACAGCUGCAGCGGGAAGGUAGGAGGCGUUUCCGUGUGCUCUGGUUUCCGUCAUGGUGUUCUGUUGCGCCAGAAGCAGUUUAGUCAUGCUGGCCACAUGACCCGGAAAGCUGUCUGUGGACAAACACCGGCUUCCUCGGCCUGAAAGUGAGAUGAGCGCUGCAACCCCAUAAGUCACCUUUGACUGGACUUAACUGUCCAGGGGUCCUUUACCUUUUUUUUACCUUACUUUUUGUACUCUUUUUCAGCAACAAUGCCCUCUACCACCACUGCAGUUAAUAAUAAUAAUAAUAAUAAUAAUAAUAAUAAUAAUAAUAAUAAUAAUAGUAGUAGUAGUAGUAAUCCUUUUGAAAAUAUUUUUUAAAAAACCCCAUUCCUAAAGAUAAAAGCUAAGAAAAUAAUAGAUAAAAAGAAGAAAGAGAAGGUGAAGCCAGAGGUACCUCAAAGCUGUUAAGACCCCUCCUCUUCAGAGAGGGGGGAAUUUGCGGGCGGGACCCGCUCUACGCAGUGAGCAGGGGGCGGGUCCCGCCCCCCUGCUCCACCUUUACCUGCCGCGCUCAGGGCUGGCCAAUAGGGCCAGCUGGGGGGGGCGGAGCUAACAGGUCUUUAAAUUAGCGCGGCAGGCUCCAGAUCGCCCCUUUUCGCCCCUGCACCACAUCGGAUCUUCUCAUCGGAUCUUCUCCUUCGGCAUCCCGACGGAUCUUGUGAGAGCAAGGAGCAGCUGCUGUAGGGUAUCGUAUGUUUGCAGGGUUUGCAUCUCUGCUUGGUGUUUCAUUUAGCCCUUUGUAUUUCUCUCUGCCUCUGAAAAAACCCCUCUUUGUGAGCUACCUUUAAAACACAGACAUAAAGUUGUGGCCUUAUUCUACUCAUCAACCUUAAUACCACGUGUCACUGUGUCUUUAUUUAUUGCGGGGGGCGGGUCCUCGAACCGCAAUAAACCAGGUGAAGCGGAGCUCUUGGGGGAUAGAUAUUAUGUUGUAAUUGAAAGGAGUUAAUGCUUUAGAGCGAUUGGAGUUGGUCUAAGGAGGUUCUGCUUCAGGAGGACUCCUCCACAGCCUAUCCCUCUGGCUCAUUUGCAGCUCACUAGCAGGGAAGUAAAUUUACUAGGGACUAGAGGUGGAAGAUGGCAUUCUAUUGACAAAAACAGGAUCUGUUUUUUCUCACAUUCACUUCUCUCCCCCUUCCACCAUUUUUCAAGAAGGGACAGCUGGCACCUCCACACAAAUGAGAUUAGGGUCUUGGAUGUGCAAGGGUGGAGGAGUGGUUUGAACAGCAGGAGUUGAAGGCUACCUUAAAAAGCACAAAGGCUGUCUGUCCUCCUGCAAAGCUUCCUUGUUGUGGACCCCAGCAGGGAAGAGGGAUACUGCUGUGGGAAAGGAAAGGAUUAUCACACUGGCCUCUCUCACCUCUGGGGAGAGGAGGAGGAGGAGGCUGCUUUCUGCUAGGAAUCUGCAACCCAACUGGUGUAUGUCCUGCAGCUGUGGGGUUGCAGGUGAUGGGCAGGGAUGGUCUGCCACUGGGACAAGCAGGGAUGAGCCCACUUGGCCAUGCAGAGCCUGGAAGUCCUGGGUUUGAUGGAACAGAGAUGUGACUGCAUUGCUCUGCUUUGGCUGGAGGCCCUUCCUGAGGCAGUUUUGUUUCCACUAAGUAUUAAAAAUAAAAGAGCAGCUCCUGGUCAUGUGUGUGUGUGUGUGUGUGUGUGUGUGUGUGUGAGUGACUGUUCUCUUCCAAUAUCCAUAAACGCCUUUCCUUUAGCUGGUUAGGGUCAUCUUUUGACUAUGCAAGGAACAAGGAAUUCAUGCAGAUAGACAACUCCCAUUACAGUAGUUUAUGUAGCCUGCUUGAUGAUUAAAUUGUAUUUAAAUAUUGUUGGAUUAAUUCAUUAAAGAAGUAAAACUAUCUCUGGCCAGAUUUCUCUUCCCACCUCUAACUGUGUUGUGUGACCACAACUCCUAAUCAGAUGAACCAGUAACUGCUCCAGAUACAGUACUAGCUUUUGAUUGUGUUGAGCUGCUUACCUGGAAGUAUCAAGACCCCGUGUUGAGUAGUGGUAGCCAGUGUGGUGCCCCCAGAUGUUAUUGGACUACACUACCACGAGGUCUAGUCAGCAUGGCCAGUGGUCAAGAAUGAGGGGAGUUGUUGUUCAACAGCAUCUAGAGGACCAUAGGUUCCCCAGUCUCCAUAGUUUAAGCAAGCAUUCUAUUGUUUGCUAGUCCACUUCCAUGGGACAAUGCUUGAAAGACCCAAGAUAAGCCUAUAGCUGUAGGAUAAGAAUGUAAGAAGAGUUUGCUGGAUGAGGCCAAUGACCCAUCUUGUCCUGCAUCCUGUUCUCUUAGUGGCCAACCAGAUGCUUAUGGGAAGCCUGCAAGUAAGAGCCCUCUCCCCUCCUGUGGUUUCCAGCAACUGUUACUCAGAAGUGUACUACCUCCAACCUGGAGGUGUGUUACUCAGAAGUGUACUACCUCCAACUUGGAGGUGGAGCAUAGCCAUCAUAACUCUUAGCCACUGAAAGCCUUUACCUCCAUGCAUUUGCCUAAUCCUCCCUUAAAGCCAGUCAAGUUGAUGGGAGCAAAUUCCAUAGUUUACUAUGCACUACGUAUAGAAGUAUAUUCAUUUUUCUGUCCCGAAUCCUCCCAACAUUCAGCUUCAUUGGAUGUCCACCAGUUCUAGUGUUAAAAGAGAAAGAGAAAAACUUUUCUCUAUCUAUGCUGUGGAUAAUUUUAGAAAUCUAGUUUGGUGAUCAUCCAGCCAUCCUAUCAUCUUUCCUGUUUACUUUUCGCUAGUGCUGCUUGCACAGCUUACCUGGGUUUAUCCCUCCACCCUGUGUGUCCCUUUUCUCCCCCCUUUUCCUUGUUAAUUAACUACUCAGUGUGCUCUGGUGGUCUGCAAAGAUGGAAACAAAACACAGCUGUUUAUGCAGGCCCAGGUCCAGAUCUAGUUCCUUGUUCUCAUCCCCACAUUGCAGAAUUGAGAGAAACAUCAGAUAUUACUGAGGAUGUUUGGGCACAACUGUUUCUUGUUGGCAUGGAAGUCCUCUACUUACAAACCCUCCAAAGUGAAGUUUCAGGAUCUGCCCAAUAGGACAUGGGUCGGCAAAAUAAGGCCCGGGGGCUGGAUCCGGCCCAAUUACCUUCUGGAUCCGGCCCACGGAUGGUCUGGGAAUCGCCGUGUGAAUCGCCGUGGGGAUUCUGAUUAUUCAGGCUGCGCAAUUCACCCCCCCACACACACCGCGGCAACGCCUCCUCCUUCCCUCCUCCUGGCUUCUCCCCGCCCUGCCUAGAGGAGGAAGGGGGUUGGGCUUUGUUGAGCCGUGGUUGGCUGAAUGCCAUUUUAAGCAGCCCCUCUCUGGAGCCAGCCCUUUCGCGCCACUCAUCAUCCCUCCACCGCCACCGCCAGCCCCUGCCGCUCGCAAGGCACAGGUAAGCAGCCACCGGGGCUCGUCAGGUGCUGUGGAGAAGGGAGGGGACAAUAUUGUCCGCCCCCCAAGGUCUGAGGGACAAUGGACCUGUGAAAUUUUUUUGCUGACCCCUGUUCUAGGGAGAGGUGUUAGAUCUAAUUCACACUGGCUACACACAGAUAGAAUUUUUGGGAUGAGAAAGUGUGAUUCGACUUGGGGUGUGUGGGUGUGAGAGAGAGUGAAUUAAAACCAACUCUUCUUAAUGAUUACUAAGAUUUAGUAAUCAUUAAAAGUAUAGUGGCUUUUAAAUACAGUAUAGCAUUCCCAGAGUGGAACAAAGCAAGACUUGCAGCCCAUUCUUUGAACUCUGUUUCAUCAGCAGAUACAUGUUUGCGAUGAAGUUUGCCAACUGAAAUGUUGUGGUGUGGCCCAGCAUUGUAAAGCCGAAUGCUGAACCAAUGCACAUUGUAAGAACUGGGAGCAUUAGUUAGAAAAGUAUUUCAGAAUAAUGCAUGGUUGUACUUAAUUGAAUUGUAAUUACUAUUGUUUUUUAAAAGUUUAAUAGACACCAUGUAUGCUUAUUUUUAUACAGUACUAAGGAACGGAGACAAAUACAGUCCUGUAUUGAGAGCCUAGUCCUGGGCUAGUGUUUGGGAGUGAUGGAGAAGCUAGCAUCUAAGGCAGAAAAAUAGUCUGAGGAGUGCCUUACUUGAGGAAGACAGUGGUAUUAAAAAGUUAUUUGUGAGGGUGCAUGCAUGUUCCCUGUUGUUGAGAGGUCCUAAACUCUCUCUCUCUCUCUCUCUCUCUCUCUCUCUCUCUCUCUCUCUCUCUCUCUCUCUCUCUCUCUCUCUCUUUAUCAUGCCUUCAGUUUUUUUAAACAAAAAACAAGUCAAGUCUUUUCUGAGUAGAAAUCCUAACAUUUUGACUGGUAGAAAUAAUAAUAAUAAUAAUAAUAAUAAUAAUAGCAGCAGGAUCAAACUACAAUGUUCAUCUCUUCUCUCUACUUAAAUUUAUUAUUUUAAAUGUAGAUAUGGGUUGCCCCCAGAAACCUGUUGGGACUGCUGCACUGGGAAGGUUAAGCCUCCUACCGUCACAGUUUUUCUGAUGUAAAUUACCUCUUCUCUUCCCAUGCUGGUAGUUUUUAAGACUUGGCAUUGGUCUGAAAACUGCAUUAUUAUCUAUACAGUACUUGCAAGGUUUUUGGUCUCGUAUUCAAAAACCCACAAAACCAGUUAGAUAAAGCCGUAUUUGAAACCUGCUAUACCUGUUUACCACAGGCUAUAAUGCUCACACUACAAGGAGUGAUCCUUGUCUCAUACCACCUGAGAUACCUAGGCUGGAGACUCUCUAGCUUUUAUGGAUUUCCUUUUUGUGUGUGUUUAAGGAAACAAAUAAAAAGAAUUCUAUACCGUCUUUUAUCAAACCACAUUCCAGAUAUAGUAUAGUGUCAUAUAGAAUAGAUUAUAUAAUGUAAAAACCAAUACAGUACAAUAAAAAAGCAACAACUAUAAUAAAAUAUGCCAGCUAAAAAUUCCAGUGGGGUGUGUGUACAAACACUGUAAGCCUAUGCCUGCUUCCCUCUGUGUGCCUGUGAUGCAUGUGUAUGGAAUUGUGGUCCACCUUGAAAUACAGCCCUCCCUGGCCAAAAAUUUGCCCAGCCCUGGUGUGCUCAAAGGGCCCUCCUAGAUCAGAGCAAAGGCCCACCUAGUUCUGCUACCUAUUUGUAUGAUGGCCAGACAGAUGCUUCUGGAAAUCCUGCAAGCAGAAUGUGAAGGCAGCAGCCUUCCCAGCAGCCAGUUUACACUGUUCUACUGCCUUUGAAGAGGGACCCAGGUGGCGCUGUGGUUAAACCACUGAGCCUAGGGCUUGCUGAUCAGAAGGUCGGCAGUUCGAAUCCCUGUGACGGGGUGAGCUCCCGUUGCUUGGUCCCAGCUCCUGCCAACCUAGCAGUUCGAAAGCACGUCAAAAUGCAAGUAGAUAAAUAGGAACCGCUACAGCGGGAAGGUAAACGGCGUUUCCAUGUGCUGCUCUGGUUCGCCAGAAGUGGCUUUGUCAUGCUGGCCACAUGACUUGGAAGCUAUACGCCGGCUCCCUCGGCCAAUAAUGCGAGAUGAGCGCGCAACCCCAGAGUCGGUCACGACUGGACCUAAUGGUCAGGGGUCCCUUUACCUUUUUACUGCCUUUGAAAAUGGAGGUUCCAUUUGGCUAUCCAGGCUGUUGUUUAACCUGUCUUCCCCAGGGUUCGAAAUUAGCAGAGUGCCAGAAUGGCUGGGGAAACUCAGUCAGAUGGGCGGGGUAUAAAUAAUAAUUUAUUAUUACAGUUGUUGUUGUUUCUGGGUGCCAUUUUUUUGUGCCUGGCUGACACUCAAGGAUUACUGAAAUGUAUGUGCUUGGAAGUCUCAAAGUAUAUGUUAAGGACAGACAAUAUGUUAAGAAGUUUAACAAUAAAGAGUAGAGUGUUUUGAAAACUGAAGUAUGGUACCAAUAAUUUUAUUGUAAACACCAAAAUAAACAUGUAUUAACAGUUUCUGCUAAAAAUGUGGUAUUAACAACGUGUCACUUAUGUGAAUUGUGUAUUAAUUCAUGGUUAUCAAAAUAUUUAAAAAGUGUUGCCGACCCCCCCACCCCACCCCGCAGUGGCAUUCUGUUUUAUUGCCCAAAACCCAGACCCCAGAAGCCAUUUGGCUUCUAUCUUUUCUAUCCCAGUUUUUAACACAGGUCAUGUAACCCAGUUGUCAUAAUCUCCUUUUGUGAUAGCAAAGUCCAUAACUUAACUAUGCAUUUUGUGCAUAAAUAUUUGUGUGCAUGUGUCUCAUGUAUACAUAUUCAGUGCUAGUCCUACUUGGAGCAGACUAGUUGAAAUCAAUGAACAAAACUAACUUAACUUCAUUAAUUUCAGUAGCUCUGCUCUGAGUAAAGCUUAGUUGAAGACAACCCAUAAUCUUUCGGGCAUACACACAAACACACUAAAAUCACCAGCAUGUUUCCACUCCAAUCAGCAUCUUUGAAAAAGCAUCUCCUUGUGAAGUUUUCUUGCUAUAGUGCUGCUAUGCUGCCACCUGCCUCGGUUUCCCUUUUGUGUUGAGGAAGUAGGUGACACUUGCCCAAGGCAACUGUGUGUUCAGGAGUAUGAGAACAGAAUCUAGGCUAGUGUGCUAUCAUAGUUGUCCCCCAACACCUUUUUUGCUUUACAAAAGUUGCAGCAUAAAUAGCCCCCUGCUGUUCAUCUGGGCAGUGCACAUUUCUUUGGGCGCCCAAACCAAGACGAGGCUUGUGUGCAUUACUGGAAUGAUAACAUCCUUCCUUGUGCAGGAGCAGUUUGGUUAUUAAAAGCAUGCACCCAAUUUUAUAUCAAUGAUUUUGUAUAUAUGUGUGCAUAUGCGUGUGCAUUUUAUCUCUUUAAAGCAUCUUAAGACCCCGGGAGUGUAGCUGUGUGGUCCAGACUUGGUCCUUCUGGGUUCCCUUGCUGGUUUUGCCCCUUGACUAUGGAACUUUAGGCAUAGCUAUCUCCUGGAUAAUGAGGAGGAGGGGGUGAUUGAGUUCUCCUCCUCCUGGCAGAGGUGCCUGGAUGCUGAUAUGCAUUUCCAAAUUAAUGAAUGUCUGCAGAGCACUGUGGGAUGCCCAGAUGAAAGGCAGUGGAGAAGCACAAAGGUAUUAUUAUUGUCACUUACUAAUUAAAAUGUUCCCCCCACCCCCUCCCUGGGUUUUUUUUGAAGCACUGCAAAUCGGUAUUGGGUUCUGAAAAGCAUAGCUUACCCCAUCUCAGCAGGCAGCUGCAAUCUUCCAGGGAGAGAAUCUUGCUUGCUGUUUCCUCACUUUGCUUUUCUCAGUGGAACAGGGGGCCAGAGCGCCAGAAAUUAAGGGGGAGAGGGAGCUGGAAGAGAGCCUCCCUUUGAAAACCCUAACCUUAUUUUCCCAGGUCUGAUGCCAGUUUCCAUGGAAACAACAGCCAGGAGCAGAAAUAGGGGAACCAGAAUCCAGAAAUGCAAAGCCUGAAGCUCCUGUUAAUUUCACUCGCUGGAUUCCAGUUCCCUUCCCCCUCACGCCCCCUAGGAAACUGACAUCAGAUGGGGGAGCUUAGUGAAAGGCUUUUUUGCUUUAGGACCAAAUUCUCUCUUUGGAUUCUCUCUCUCUCUCUCUCUCUCUCUCUCUCUCUCUCUCUCUCUCUCUCUCUCUCUGUGUGUGUGUGUGUGUAGCUGGCAGAAGCCUCAGGCAGACUUUAGCCCCUUUCUCCUUCUCCCCCCCCCCUUUUUUUUUUACUUCAACCCUCUUGUUUCUGGAAAACACUCAGAAAAGAUGUUGGCAACUGGGUGCAAAGCUCCUCCCCUGGCUAUUUCAGUUGCUGGCUGACUUCUGAAGGAUGUGAGUGAGUGUCGGGUUCCAAAACCCAGCCACAGAUUUGGACCCACCUUGGUUUUCAGGCAGCAGCUGGGCUACAGGCUAAUGAGCUAACUUGUUCCAGACAGCGCUGCUAGCAAUUCCAUCCUGCCUGGGCACCGUAGGGAUGCUGGAGAGCAGCACCGCGGUCGGAAUUUUCAGCGGCCAAUCGAAUUCGUACUUGCACAGCAGCCAUGUUUCCUCCCCCCUCCCCCUUUACAAGGCCAAAUGAAGUGGCCCCUCUUUCUCGUAACUUUUUUAAAAAUCCAGUGCUGAAAAACCUGAAAAUAAUAUUUAGUAGUAACAUGGUAACUGAUAUACCGGUAUUAUUUUCGUAGUGCUGCAAGUAUAUGUAUUGGGAAUGGGAGGGGUAAUUUGGAAAGUAUGCGCAAGAUAGCAUUUUUAGUGCUUUGUGGCAAUUACCUCUGCACCCCCUAGGCCAUCCUAGUUCACAUUUUAUAGGUGGUAAAUUGAGAGAGGGCAUGCUCAAGGCUGCCCUGGCAAGUCAUGACUAACCUGUAACUUGAGCCAAUAUUGUGCAGGUCUUCUCUCCUCCCCCGACCUGUGUUUGUUUCCUGGGUGAUGCUGGGUGUCACUUAAAAAUGAGUGUCAUCUUGACAUGUUACAACUCUGAUCCAGGGCUCAGUUACCUAAAAGCCACUUGUUUAGAUGAGGCUUUGUGAUCAGGCAAGGCAGCUACCUCAGGCUGCAGAUUUCAGGCACCAUUAGCAGUAGGUUUUAUUUAUUUAACCCUGUGUCAAAUAAAAGCCCUCUUUCCUGCAAACUUGCAAUUAUCCAGAUAUUUGGCUGUCCCCCUGGCCAUGUGGUGGCCUCUGCUGGCCAAAAUACAGUGGUACCUUGGUUUAAGAACAUCUUAGUUUAUGAAAAACCUGGAUUAAGAACGCUGAAAACCUGGAAGUAGGUGUUUUGGUUUGUGAACUUUGCCUUGGAAGCAGAACAUGUUUCGCUUCCUGUUGAGUGUGUUCCAUUUGUAAAUUGAGUCCCCCGCUGCUAUGAGAAAGCACGCCUUGGUUUAAGAACACUUUGGUUUAAGAACGGACUUCUGGAAUGGAUUAAGUUCGUAAACCAAGGUACCACUGUAUCAAUGUAUCAAUGGAUAUCAAUGUAAGAAAUAAAUUGCUGGUAAAUGCUUUUCAGCAUACUGUAAAUAUGGUUUAGUCCAGGGCUGGGGAACCUGUGGCCCUCCAGGUGUUGCUGGAAUAAGUUCCUAUUAUGUCUUACCAUUGGCCAUGCUAGCUGGGGCGGAUGGGAAUUGUAGUCCAGAAACAUCUGGAGGGGGUCUGCAGGUUCCCCAUACACUGUUUAGUCUAGGAUUUUUCUUUUAUAGAAGUGAUCAAUGUCUUUUUGUGAGAAAAUUCUAGAACUUUUACAGAAAAAUGAAAACACGCAGCUUCUCAGUAGAUCACCCUGCCUUCCAGUUGUGCAAAACAGGGCUUAUCUACCUCCCUACUCUUGUUCUGCUGGCUGGAUAUUGGUUUCAGUGUGUCCCAGGUGUCUCUCAGAUAGGAGAGGUGGGAUGUGGCGAAAGCUCUCCUCCCUCCCUGAGGAUAAGCAGAAAUGCACAUUGCAUUGGUAAUUUUUGAAAGGCAAAGGUUUCUUACAGCCCUUGAUGAUGUGCCUGAGAAGCUACACCCUCAAGGUCUUUCAUCCUGUCACCAAAGCUAGCCUGUCUUUCCUACCCUAAGCACUCUGAGCAGUUGCCAAUCCCCAGGUUUUAAGGAGUAUAAUCUCCUUAGUCAGCCCUGGUGCUAGUUAAGGGCUUCUGUUCCUGAUUUCUGUGAGACUUUAUGCAUGUUGCUUUUAUGCCACCCUCUCCAAGUGUGAUUAUAGUCAUCAAAUUUCUACCAAAUCUGCAUUCAGAUCCUUAUCAGGAUGAACACAGCCUGCACAAGUUUCAUUUUUAGAGCACUCAGCCUGUGGAUUUCUGUGCAAAAAGUCCAUUCAAAUUUUGCCUGUUUGCUUGGAUUGCCUUUUAUUCAGUGUUGACAAUAACUUACUUCAGUUAAGGUCCAGAUGUUUUUAUAGAUUUCUUUAUUAAAUUUGUAUCUUGCCCUUCCUCCCAAAGGAGCCCCGGGUGGCAAACCCAUCAGCCUUAAAACAAUGCAAUAAAAAUAAAAUAGCAACACAUCUAAAAACACAAUUUAUUUAUAGAUUUUCCCCCUAGGUUGCACAGCAUCAUGGUUUUUAUAGUCUUAAAGCAACAUUAAUACUUGCCAUUCUAGUCCAUGUCUGUUUUGCUCCAGUUUCGCAUUAUAUAAUGAGGUGUUUGGUGGGUGAGAUCAGGCAAAGGUGUAUGUAAUAUUAUGUAAAUAUUUUCUGAUUUCAGAGCAAAUAAUCAAGCUUGUUGAGUGCUCGUUAUAUCUGGGAUGCCUUCUACAUUUUCAUGUCAGGAGAUAAAAGACAGAAAUCUGUGAGUGAAGACAAAGAAGUUGUAUAGAGAGUAUACCUUCCCUCUGGCCGCUGGGUUUUCCACUGAGUCCAUUUCAAGCCUUCCCUUUGUCAUCAUAAGGACUAGUAACUGUUCAGUGAAAGCCUGGAUUCUCUGUGGUUUGAUAGAUCCAGUUCUGGAACAUUGUCCACAAACUGUGCCUCUAUCACAACACAGCUGUGCAGAAAACAAGUUUUCUUGCCUAUAGGAUGCAAAUAGGUUUUAUGUUAACCCAUCCAGCAGGGGAGGCAGCUUGCAAAUCAAGUCCUUAGGAGAGCUUUGUGGAUGCAUCUCAAACCUUUAUUUCCCACCUUUCCCUUUGUGUAUCAAAGUGGGCAUAUGGUACCCAAAUAGCAUCAUUGCCCCUUCACUAGCAUCUGUAGACACAGACAGGUAUUAAGAUAUGUUAUGGAUAGCUCAUGCAGUCAGG